AAAGGAUUCGGUCGGAAGUCACCGGACUACAAGAGCUAGCUUAACGCUGCUAACAGCAAAGUUCCACCUCUCGGCUGUUAAAAAGACUUUAAGGGUCUUUUCGGACACUUUAUGUUAUUGAACAUUAGUUGCUGAGGGUCGCAAGAAACAUGUGUCAAGAUUUCAGCGCUGAAUCACUUCUGAAGAAGAAGCGAAGUUCGCGUGAAAACUCGAGCUAAAGCGUCUCCAGCGGUCACGACUUGAGUUUUAGCGUCGACGGGUCUGGUGUUGAACAGCGUUGGUUAGAAGGUGAAAUAAUGGCCUUCUUCGUGAAAAAGAAGAAAUUUAAGUUCCAGACCCAUCUGACCCUGGAGGAGCUCACCGCGGUGCCUUUUGUCAACGGGGUGUUGUUCUGCAAGCUUCGGCUGCUCGACGGGGAUUUCGUCGCUACUUCCACAAGAGAGGAAGUUCGGGAGCACUGUGUCCGCUGGAGGAAAAGGUUUAGCUUUGUGUCCAAAAUGAGCGCCAACCCCCACACGGGAGUCCUGGAUCCAUCCGUCUGCAGAGUGUCAGUCAGGAAGGAGCUCAAAGGAGGAAAAGCGUACACAAAGCUGGGCUUCACUGACCUCAACAUGGCGGAGUUUGCUGGUUCUGGCUCCACCGUCCGCUGUUGUCUGCUGGAAGGUUACGACACCAAAAACACCCGGCAGGACAACUCCAUCCUGAAGGUGAUCAUCGGGAUGACUCUCCUCUCUGGAGAUCCGUGUUUUAAAACACCUCCAAGUACAGCAAAGUCCAUCUCCGUCCCGGGCCAGGAGCACACCCUGCAGCUGGACUGUAAGGGGGAGGGUACCGCCGAGGGCCCCGGGCCAGCUGGAGGAGUUUCUCUGGGCCGAGCCCCGAAGUCUCGGCCGUCCAUCAUCAGCUCAUGUACGAGUCCAGGUCUCCUGGAGGAAUCGGAGGCCAGUCAGAACCAGUCGGGUCCCGCUGAUGCUUUCCAGACGGGACAUUCUCGUAAUUCCAGCUACGCCAGCCAGCACAGCAAAAUCUCAGGCUACAGCACAGAGCACUCCUGCUCUUCCAGCCUGUCGGACCUCACGCAUCGCAGGAACACCUCCACAGGAAGCAGCACCUCCGGAGUCCUGUGCUUCACUUCUGAUGCACCAUUAGAGGGAGACAAGGACGCUGGACGCCCAGAAAGACCCCCUCGUCCUCCACGGCCCGUCCUGCCCCCAAACAGACCCACCAGGAGGAAGCAGGACGCCAUGGAGAGCCACCCCUCCUGGGUCAACGACACUCGCAUCGACGCCGACGACAUCGUGGAGAAAAUUGUCCAGAGUCAGAACUUUGCUGACAUCAACAACACUGAAGACAGUAACCUGCGACUGUUCGUCAGCAGAGACGGAACCACGGCGCUCAGCGGCAUCAGGCUGGGAAACAGAGUCUCCGCUGCCGCUGGCUACGAGCCGGUGGUGAUCGAGAGCCACUAACCAGACCUGUGGAUCCUCGUCAGCCUCGCUGGUUUUACUGGAACUUCAGCUGGUCUGAAGCCAUGAGAGGAAAAGCCUUCAGUCCGUUUGCACUUUACGUGAAGUCGGUCUCCGUGUCCAUUCAGUCCAGUGCACAAAAUCCUCGUCUGCAGUUCUGAGACUCCAGAAUCAUCCGUUUAUCUCCAGUUUUCCUCCUGGUCUGCAGCUCCGUGUUGUUCAGGAAGUCCAGACUGUCGUCAUUUCUCUGCUAUUUGAACUCAUCAUACUGUAAUUUCAUAUUUUUCUUGAUAAACACGACGGAUUUGAUCAUUUUUUAGUAAAAAUAAGGAGUUUAGUUUCUUAUUUCUUGUUAUGAAAACUCAAAACGGUCGACAUAAUGAACAACAUUGUUCAGAUUCAGUCUUUGGUUCUCUGACUGUUAACCUUCUGAGGUCACUUAUCUAAAUAAAUAAAGGAGGGAAUCAGAUGAAACAUUAAAACAAAGGAGCUGUUGGGUCUAAACGGAUGAUUCUUGCUGAACUGAGCUCUUGUUUUAGAUUUAUCCUUCACUUGUUUCAGUUUGCCCUCCAGCUGCUGAAAUCGGAUCCGUUUCUCCAGAAUCCUGCUGGUCUGGAUUCAGUAAUCAUGUCAAAGUUCCUCUGAGGCCCAAAAUGGGAACAGACACUAUAAAAACCAGAAUGGACUCAAUCCGCCGUAGAUCGGGGGUUGAGCAGAACCACUAUGUGCCAGCAUUGUUUCUCUUGAAUGAUCCUAAAGCGCCAUGAAACCUCUGAGUGCUUCUGCUGGGGAAUAGAGAAGUGUUAAGUUUUUUAUUAACCUGUGAAGCUGAUAGAAAUCUGCUCACACGUGAAUAAGUACUGAGCUGCUGCUGCGGCAUUGUUCAUUAGCCCAACUCAGCUGAGAAACCAGAACAAGCUGUAGGGUUUGUUGUGGUCCGUCUGCAGAGAGAGGGUUUACGGGCCUCGGUCGUCCCUGGUGGAGCGACUUUCUCUCUGGUUACAGAAACAAACACAUAAAAGUGGAGGAUGAGCAGCUGGCUGGUCUCCUUUACCUGCUAGUUUUCUGACUAUAAUCUACCGGAGAAGAGCAUCAAAGCCCUGGAAGUUGAACAGUUCUGGUGUUUUCAUUUGACCUUAUUUUAUCUGAACUGUAAGGUUGUAGUUCAACAAGACUUUGAAGCAACAGACGAAACCAGAAAGCAGCACUUUUUAAAAAUCAGAUACAAAUGACUGAAGAUGGGAUUUAAUAUCUUUCUCAUGAUGAAUGUUUGGUUCUACAUAUUUUUGCUGUCUCCUUCGUUUCCUGUCUCCAUCCUGUUGCAGCUAAAUGUUUAUUUUUCACUCUUCACAAAUGGGGAUAAACCACUGAACUUGGUUUUCUUUUAAAGCAUUUAUUUAAAUAUUUUAAGCUCUUUUGCCUGGAGGUUGUUAUAAGCUAUGCACACGUGUCACCUCCUAGAGCUUGUGUUUGUUUGUUUUAGUGAUUCUAACAGGAUUUUAUCACAGCAACACUAGAAUUACUGAAAUGUAUACAAGGUGGAGCUGGGACCGAGGAUCCAGUCUUCUAGUUAAAAUGUUUUGUUUGGCACUGACUUCUAACAAUAAAAAGGUUAACCUGA